AUAGCAAAACAAUAAAAAUUACGAACGAUUGACGAUGACGAACGUUCAAUGAGCAAUAUUUAAACAAAUUAAAUAAAUCAUUAACGAAAUAAAGUGUGCAACCAGUGCGCGCGCUUGCACCCAUACCAAUUAACGUGCAUUUACGCCUCCGGGCGACUUACAGUCGCAGCUCCGUCUCCACAGACCGUCACGUAGACGUUCUGCAGUCCCCGAGUCGGAGGCCAUCUCACAUUUUACAGAGGCGUAAAGAUGACCGCCUCGGACAAGUAUACGUAUCAGCGGACUGUGCUUUGCUUAGCGCGCGUACUGGCAGGAAUUCAGCCCACGCCAUGGGACAAGGUGCAAACACUCUUCCGCUACUGCCCGCAGGAGAAUGCAUCAGGCGUAUUUUGUUUAGACUCAAGAGCACAGGAUGCUGUCAUUGCAUUGGGCAUCUACUUCCUGGAAGGCGGCUGCCAGCAUGAGUCACAGAUUGUGCCCUAUCUACUGCGGUUGGCCAAGAGCCUACCCAAGGCAAGAAUACAUGAUGAACGCAAUAGCAAAGUAGAGCGUGUGCGCAUACCCGCGGCAGAGAAGUUCAGCUUCUGCCUGAACACACUGCUAUCAGACAUAGCAGCCAAAUGUCCGGAUUCACGUGAGGAGAUCAUACUAAAUCAGGUCGAAACGCUGGGAACGCUCGCUAACAUUGUCAAGCCCAGCAAAGACAGCAACUCGACACCACCGCCCCUUGUGCUGUGCAAUGCAACGGUACCGCUUCUGUUUGGUCUGGCGCGAUCUAUGGGUCGAUAUGCCAGUAACAAUCCGCCGCUGCUGUGUCGCAUAUUUCCGCCCGAACGGCUGCCCAUACAGCGUUCUAGUGCUGGCGGCAAUGGCACCUGUGGCGGUUCCUUUAGCAGCAGCGAACGACUCGCGACCACACAGUUUCGGCCGAUCAUACCACGUUCCAUGUCAGGCAGUUUGGCCCACAGCCAGGUGCCAUCUGAUGAAAGUCGUAUACGUCCAGCAGGUGGCAAGCAAAAGCCGUCUUUGCAAAGCUACUUCUCGGUGCCGUACGAUCCGCGUACGCAUUUUUUCACACGAUACGGCUCCAGCUUCAAUCAGUUUCCCCAUAUGCGCGUCAAUUUAUGCGAAUCGCCGAGCAAAACCGGUCCAAAGCCGUUAUACCGUGUGCCACCAUUUCCCAUACAGCAUUUGCAGACCAUCUUUGCUGUGUCCAAGAAGCUACUGACCAAGGACACGCUGGAAUAUUUGGAUGAGCUGGGCAGCGACAUAUUCUCGCUGCAUCUGAACAAUGGCAAUUGCUACAAGAGCUUCUCGGAGAUGCUCAAUCUGGUGUUAGUCACAUUGUUGCGCGAGCUGCUGCAGCACCAAGUCGAUCUUCCCACACCCUUUACCAAGGAUGUACAGGAGUUUGUCAAGCGUCUAUUCCUCAACGGCCAAACAGAACUGCAAAACAAACAACAGGACCAGGAGCGCGAAAGGCGCGAAGAAAACGGCAUUGCAGUUGUCAACAAGUACAAGAUCAAUGUGAUGGCCAAUGCCGCCUGCGUGGACCUUCUGGUUUGGGCCAUACGCGAUGAGACGGAGGCGGACAAACUGUGCGGACGCUUGUCGCAGAAGUUAAAUCUGGUUCUCAGCCAUAAGAUCGUGAUGGAUCAUAUGCCGUUGCUGAUGGUCUGCCUGGAGGGACUGGGCAAGCUUGCCCAGAAGUUUCCCAACAUUGCGGGCACAUCGAUAUCAUAUUUGCGCGAUUUCUUGGUCGAUCCUAGUCCCAUAUUGGGAAAGCUGCAUGCACAUGCAAUGCAAACGAUAGCCCUGCAGAAAAAGGAGAAGGAGCUGACGCCGUUCAAGAUUGUGUUGCAGCAUUCGGAUUCGCGUGCUGUCGUCGACAUCUUUGGUGAAAACCAGAAGCAGCCCGGCACCGGACGCAGCGGCUAUGUGGCAUUUGAGGCAUUGCGCGAUGCCGCCAUAGAGAAUCUAUCGAUUGCCCUGCGCGCUGCCCACACGCUCGACCAGUUUUGUGUUCCCGCCCUUGUGGCAAAUGUGUCAAACCGUCUCUUCACCGCCGAAAAGCACGAGAGCGAAUCAACGCUAGUAAGCUUGAACAUUAUCGUGAUGCUGGGCCAUGUAGCCGUAGCGCUAAAGGACACCUCGAAAACCACACAGAAUAUACUGCAGUUCUUUAUACAGCGCUUCUGCAAGGUUCCAUCGGAGCAGAAUGCGUUAAUUGUUGAUCAGCUCGGCUGCAUGAUUAUCUCGCAAUGCGAAACGCACAUUUUCGAUGAGAUUAUGAAAAUGUUCUCACGCGUUACCGUGCAGUCGGCAUCGCUGGCAUAUACUUCCGAUCCGGAGCAUCGGAAACAAUUCCAUCACGUCUCCGAUGCGGUGGUCAAUGCGCUUGGAAACAUUGCGGCCAAUAUACAGGGCGAUUCUGAGAUGCUUGAGCUGCUCGGAAAAUUGUUGGAGCUGUUUGUACAAAUUGGACUCGAUGGAGAGCGUUCGUAUGACAACACGCCGGGCGCCCAAAAGGCUAGCUCACGUGCCGGCAAUCUGGGCAUGCUAAUACCGGUUAUUGCUGUACUCAUGCGCCGCCUGCCACCUAUUAAAAAUCCGCGUCAGCGCUUACACAAGCUUUUUAAGGACUUUUGGGCCUAUUGCGUUGUUAUGGGAUUUACAAAUGCUCGCCUCUGGCCCGCCGACUGGUACCAGGGCGUGCAGCAGAUAGCAGCCAAGUCGCCGCUGCUUAUCUCCCAAACGGCACACAAAUCGGAUAUGCGCGAGCUCAACUACACAUUGGCCAUUAAGAGCGAUUCGGUGAACGAGCUGCGCAGCCAGAUACUGGUGCUGCUAGAGCACUCUUCCGACAACGUAGCUGCCUCCAUUAACAAGCUUAGCUUUGCCCAAUGCACCUACUUGCUCAGCGUUUAUUGGCUGGAGAUGCUGCGCGUCGAGAAUGCCGAUGAGCCCAGCCUGGAGCCCAUUAUGAGCUACCUCUGCGACACGGCACUUCAAAAGGACAAAACUGGCAUUUGGCAGUGCGUCAAAUGCGUGGCGGAUCAGGUGUUUGAGAAGUUCCGCAAUGUGCUGUACGCCCAUGAUGAGAUCAGGGAGAAGGUCUUGGAGUCACAGGCAACGCUGCUGUUGGUCUACUUCAAUCAUAUACACAAGCAGAUCCAAUUGGUGGCGGAUCAGUAUCUGUCGCAGCUGGUGGAUAGAUUUCCGCAUCUGCUGUGGAAUCGCCGCGUGCUGUGGUGCAUGUUGGAUAUACUGCAGCUACUGGCGUAUUCCUUGUCACUGGAUCCCAACGAGGAGACGCCAACGCUUCGAGUCGUUUCGACGCCGUAUACGCUGCAGCUGAUGGACUCGUUGCCGGCACGUGAGCUGCGCCUUAAGGAUUUUGCCGAUCGCUGUCAGGGCAUUGUGAACGAGGCCAUGAAGUGGGCGCCCCGCUCUACGCGCUCCCAUUUGCAGGAGUACCCGAACCAGAUACCCACCCCAGUGCUAGCCCAUCACAGCGGUCUCGCGCUGGCAUUUGACUCCGUAGUAAACAGCAGCACCCUGCAUCCGGGCAAUACAUUGAGCACGCUCAGCAAGCGGCCUAGUUGCGUCAACUCGGACACGCCGCGCUUCGUUUCCGUGCUGUGCCUGCGCAGCAAGUACGCUGGCGAAAUAAGCGGCCUCCUCUCCGUUCUUAGUGACCAAGACAAAGCCGGGCUGGCCGAUCGCCUGGUUAGUGAUGUGUGGGGCGCAUGUGCCGAGAAAAGCGAUGCUAGGCAUCGCGGCGCCCUGUGGCGAGCCACCGCCUACCUCAUCAUCUGUGCGGAGAUCGAUAGAAAACUGCUGCAUGCGGUGGCCAGCUCGCAGCUGGAGCUGUUCACCGAGUCCGCCAUGGAAACCGCUGUCGAGUGCUGGCAGUGGGUGCUGACGGCGCGUCAGGAUCUGGAGCUGUGCUUCAUACAGGAAAUGGUUAGCGCCUGGCAGACAACAUUUGAGAAGCGCAUGGGCUUGUUUGCCUGGGAAAUGGAGAUCACGCAUCCGCUGGCCGCAUACGAGGGCUGCAAGCUGGUCAGUAAGCCCAUACUGAUAGCACCGCAUCUGAUUUGGCUGCAGCUGCUCUCAGAAAUGGUGGACACAGCUAAAUACUGCAAUCGUGACAAGGUGGAAAUGUUCUGCCUGCUUCUCCAUCGCUGCUUACCCAUACUAAAGAGCAGUCGCCAGAAUCGCCAGGUGGCCACCGUUGGCUGCCGCUUCAAGCUGCUUCAGUGUGGCCUGUCGCUGCUUCAGGGCAAUACCAUACCAAAAUCCCUGGCUCGCAACAUACUGCGCGAGCGCAUCUAUUCAAAUGCCCUCGACUAUUUCUGUGGCCCGCCCACGUGCCCCAAUCAGAGCCGGGAGCAACUGCUAGAGGAUAUACUGAUAUUACUGAAGUUUUGGCAGACAAUGCGCAGUGAGAAGAAGCAUCUGGUUACUUCGGAGGUCGGCGACUAUGAUAUCACCAGUGCCUCGGUCAGUUCUACACAAAUGCUGGCGGUGCGCAACAAUCCGGAGACUGCGUCGCUUAUCAGCGGGGGCGCUGACUAUGCACGCUCCAUGAGUGCUACUGGCAACACAGCCGGCUGGUACAACACCAUACCACAUUCCACUUCCACGUUGUCAAAACGCUCGAAUCGCUCAAAGCGCCUGCAAUACCAAAAGGACUCCUAUGACAAGGAUUACAUGAAGAAGCGCAAUCUGAUACUCGAGCUUCUUGCCGUCGAGCUGGAGUUUCUCAUUACCUGGUACAAUCCCAACAGUCUGACCGAUCUGAUAGUGCCAGGUGAGGAACAGAUUACCGAGUGGCGCAAUCGUCCAUACAAGCCAAAUGUUUGGCGUGAUUAUGCCCGUUUGGCUUGGUGUUAUAACCCGGCGCUGGCCGUAUUCCUGCCGCAGCGUAUCAAGAAUGCUGAGACCAUUGACGAGGAGGUAUCACGGCUGGUAUGCUCCGAUCCGAUUGCUGUGUGUCAUAUACCCGAGGCGCUCAAGUAUUUGUGCACCACAAAGAAUUUACUGCAGGAGAGUCCCGAUCUGGUCUAUAUACUGUCCUGGUCAGCAGUGACACCCAUCCAGGCAUUGUCCUACUUUUCACGGCAAUAUCCAUCGCAUCCACUGACAGCACAGUAUGCGGUUAAGACAUUGAACUCGUAUCCGGCAGAAUCGGUGCUUCCCUAUAUACCUCAACUGGUGCAGGCGCUUCGCCACGAUACGAUGGGCUAUGUGGUGGAGUUUAUUAAGAACAUAUCGAAGCGUUCGCAGAUAGUGGCCCAUCAGCUGAUCUGGAAUAUGCAAACGAAUAUGUACAUGGACGAGGAUCAGCAGCAUCGCGAUCCCAAUUUGUAUGAGGCAUUGGAUCUGCUGUCACAGAACAUAAUUGGGUCCUUCUCAGGUGCAGCAAAGCGUUUCUAUGAGCGCGAAUUUGAUUUCUUUGGAAAAAUAACAGCCGUUUCCGGCGAAAUACGCUCCUUUCCCAAGGGCAUUGAGCGCAAGAACGCGUGCCUAGCGGCACUAAGCCGCAUCAAGGUGCAAUCCGGAUGCUAUUUGCCAUCCAAUCCGGAGGCAAUGGUGCUAGACAUUGAAUAUAGCAGCGGUACGCCCAUGCAGAGUGCUGCUAAGGCGCCGUAUCUGGCUCGUUUCCGUGUCUAUCGCUGUGGAAUCACCGAGCUGGAGACGCGUGCCAUGGAAGUGUCCAAUAAUCCGAAUUCACAGGAGGAUGCACACAUGACGCUCGGCGUCGAAUCAUGGCAGGCGGCCAUUUUCAAAGUGGGCGACGAUGUGCGCCAGGAUAUGCUAGCCCUGCAGGUGAUCACUAUAUUCAAAAAUAUCUUUCAGCAAGUGGGCCUAGAUCUUUUUCUGUUCCCCUAUCGCGUGGUGGCCACAGCACCUGGCUGCGGCGUCAUCGAGUGUGUGCCCAAUGCGAAGUCCCGCGAUCAGCUGGGCAGACAAACAGACUCUGGCCUAUCCGAGUACUUCCAGCAUCAAUAUGGAGAUGAGAGCUCCAAGGAGUUUCAGGCGGCGCGCGCCAACUUUGUCAAGUCAAUGGCUGCCUACUCGCUAAUCGGCUACCUGCUGCAGAUCAAGGAUCGGCACAAUGGCAACAUUAUGAUCGAUAAGGACGGCCACAUCAUACAUAUAGAUUUUGGCUUCAUGUUUGAGUCAUCACCGGGCGGCAAUAUUGGCUUUGAGCCGGAUAUGAAGCUCACUGACGAGAUGGUCAUGAUUAUGGGCGGCAAAAUGGAGGCACCUGCCUUCAAAUGGUUCUGUGAGCUGUGUGUGCAGGCAUUUUUGGCAGUGCGACCAUAUCAGGAUGCGAUUGUAUCACUUGUAUCGCUAAUGCUGGACACGGGUCUGCCUUGCUUUCGUGGCCAGACGAUUAAUCUGCUAAAGCAGCGAUUCGUGGCCACCAAGAACAACAAGGAAGCGGCUGCCCAUAUGCUAGCCGUCAUACGUAAUUCGUAUCAGAAUUUCCGCACGCGUACCUACGACAUGAUCCAGUACUAUCAGAAUCAGAUACCCUACUAGAGUAUUAUGUGGACUUUGGACUUGGGGAUUCGGUUUUGGGUUUUGGAUUUCUUGUUAGCCAAAUGCUGUAUUAAUUACAUUAUUCUUGUUUUUUUUAUUUAUUUUUUUUAUGUUCUUGCGUUUCUGUUUUGUAUUUAAUAGCUGUUAAAUUUUUCGAAGAUUUUACGAUGCAUACUAAAUCAAUUAUAGGGCAAUAUGUUGUACAAUGUAUUUGUUACCUACAUAUAUACGUAUACAAACAUACUUAUUACUUAUAUACGAUACAAACGAUAAAACUGGCCCCUCGAGUUGUUGCGAGCUGUCCAGAAUAAUUCCAUAUACAGAACACACUUAUUUAUCUACUUGUAAUCAUAACCACUGUGUAAUUGUAAUAUCCAAAUUUUUUCUCUGAGUUUUGGUAAAAAAAAAAAAAACGACAGUUGCGUUUAACAA